AUCGUGGAUUCUGCGCCAGCUCUGUUACUGGACGCGCCCUCACUUCCGAGUGUGUUGGGGGUUAGAGUAAAUAAUAACACCAUCAGGGGGCUUGUGUCUGUGUUGCCAAGAGAACGCGGUGUGAGGAGUUCAGAUGGCGCAGGUCUCGCGUGCUUUUAAGCAGUCAGUUUGACGACUUAUUGAAUGUGACAAGACAUGAAUAAACCCAAAAUGGCGUCUGAAAAAAGUGCUUCCCGGGUGCUGAUGUUGCUGAGUCAGCUGGAGAGGCUGAAUGAGGAGCCCAGAGUCUCUGAUAAUGAAGCCAUCCGGCAGAUCACAGGCAAACUCCUUCACCUCAUCCAGACUCAAGAGAAGACCCGUAAGGAGGUGGUGUCUAAAGGCUCUGGUGGGAUGGAGAUCAUUCUGUCAUCUCUGGAGAAUGCACAGGAUUUGCAGACCACUCUCAACAUCCUCGCUAUCUUGAAUGAACUGCUGACAGUGGGUGGAGGCCGCAGGACCGGGGUGUUUGUGUCUAAGGGAGGAACAGCGAUUCUCCUGCAGCUGCUGGUGGGCUCCAGCAAAGACCCUCCGGCUAAUGAGGAUCUGAUGCUCCACAUUCAUUCUCUGUUGGUCAAAGUCGGCCCCAAAGACAAAAAGUUUGGUGUAAAAGCACGUCUGAAUGGGGCUCUGAAUGUGACUUUGAAUCUGGUGAAGCAUAAUCUGCAGAACUACAAGCUGUUGCUGCCAUGUCUUCAGGUGCUUCGGGUCUACUCAAGCAACUUGGUAAAUGCAGUGUCGCUGGGAAAGAGUGGCGCUUUGGAGGUCAUGUUCGAAAUCAUCGGACCCUUCAGCAAAAAGAGCACCACUCUGCUGAAAGUGGCCUUGGACACACUAGCUGCAUUACUGAAGUCUGGAAUGAAUGCCCGUCGGGCAGUGGACAGAGGUUAUCUUCCCACACUACUCGCAAUCUACCAAGAUUGGCACCGCAAUGACACGCGUCACCGCCAUGUGGUCAUCCGCAAGAGCAUUCUGGGAUGCAUCAAAAAUCUCACUAACAUUAAGCUUGGCAGAAAGGCCUUCAUAGACGCCAAUGGGAUGAGGAUCCUUUAUAACACAUCCACUGAGUGCCUGUCUGUCCGGACACUGGAUCCGCUGGUCAAUACCUCCAGCCUGAUUAUGAGGAAGUGCUUUCCAAAGAACCGCCUACCACUGCCUACUAUUAAAAGUGUCUUUCACCACCCGCUACCACACAUACCAGCUGGUGGACCGGUGGCGCAACUGUACAACCAGCCGCCAGGAGUGGAUGAUGUUGUUGAUGAGAGCGAUGAGAAUGAAGCCACAGAGGUCGACACAGAAAACGACACAGAAUAUGACGAGGAUGAAACAGGUCACAAAUCACAGAAUGAUGACAUAGAGACAGAUAUCAACAAACUGCGGCCCAUACAGAUGAAUACACGUCCGUUCGAUGAACUCAGAGCCUACGAGUAUUUCUGUCGGGAAUACACAGAGAAUUUUGAGGACGAUGACUUUGAAAGACCUACAUCUGUCAUCCCUUCAUCAAGCAUUAACUCAGAGCUUCAUCGUCCCAUCAUCAUUCCCACCACGCAGAGCUCCUUUGGGCCUCAAAACAGACGUCCAAUGCGAGAGGACGCCCUGCCACCCAAGUCAGAUUCAGAAUCACCUCUGGAGCUGGACAGCAUUUCCAUAUCAAAAAGACCAGAGGGCAAAUCCGACCCCGAUCUGGUCUGUAGUUUGGGCCGUCUGGUUCUAGAUGGUGGUGUGAAUGGAGGCUCUGUGGAUGGGCUUCAGGAGGAGGGCGGGGAGCAAGCGGUGCUGGAAGUGCCAGACACCGCAGCAUUGUUGCCGCUGCACGAUCCUGACCUUUACUUAGAGAUGGUGAAGAGCACCCGCUCAGUGCCCGCCUACACAGAGGUGGCUUACCCAGAUUACUUUGGGCAUGUGGCACUCAACCUUCGCGAGCCCAUUCUAGAGAGGGUUUAUGGUGUGCAGAGAACAAAGAUCUUCCAGGACAUUGAGAGGCUCAUUCACCCCAGUGACAUCCUUGAUAAAGUUGUGUAUGACUUGGACAAUCAGAGUUGUCCAGUUAUUGAGAACGGGGAGUCUCUCAAGUUCAACUCUAAGUUUGAGUCUGGAAACCUACGGAAAGCAAUACAAGUCAGAAAGUUUGAGUAUGACUUGAUCUUGAACUCAGAUAUCAAUAGUAAUCACUAUCACCAGUGGUUCUAUUUCGAGGUGGGCAAUAUGCGUCCUGGAGUUCGUUAUCGAUUCAACAUAAUCAACUGUGAGAAGUCCAACAGCCAAUUCAAUUAUGGUAUGCAAGUGCUCAUGUACUCGGUACAGGACGCCAUAAACGGCAGCCCCCAUUGGCUUAGGAUGGGAUCCGACAUCUGUUAUUACAAGAAUCAUUUCUCACGAAGCUCCAUUGCAGCCGGGGGUCAAAAGGGCAAAUCAUAUUUCACAUUAACCUUCACUGUGACCUUUCAGCAUAAAGAUGAUGUUUGCUACUUUGCCUACCAUUACCCAUACACGUACUCAAUGCUGAAGAUGCAUCUGCAGAAGUUGAGUGCUUUGCGUACUGCUCAGAUCUACUACAGACAGGAUGAUCUGUGUGAAACACUGGGAGGAAACAGCUGUCCCCUGCUCACCAUCACAGCCAUGCCGGAAUCUUCCAGCGAUGACCACGUCAGCCAGUUCAGAAGCCGUCCAGUGGUGUUUCUGUCUGCACGGGUGCAUCCUGGAGAGACGAACUCUAGCUGGGUGAUGAAGGGCAGUCUGGAGUUUCUCAUGAGCUGCAGUCCUCAAGCCCAAAGUCUACGAGAAAGCUACAUCUUCAAAAUCAUCCCCAUGCUCAACCCUGAUGGCGUCAUCAAUGGAAAUCAUCGUUGUUCUCUGAGUGGGGAGGAUCUGAACAGACAGUGGCAAAGCCCCAAUGCCGAGCUGCACCCCACCAUCUACCAUGCCAAGAGUCUCCUGCAGUACCUCAGAGCUACAGGAAGAACCCCACUGGUCUUCUGUGACUAUCACGGCCAUUCGCGGAAGAAAAACGUUUUCAUGUACGGCUGUAGUAUUAAGGAGACGGUGUGGCAGACCAGCUCCUGUGACCUACACGAGGACCUUGGAUACAGGACUCUGCCUAAGCUGCUUUCUCAGAUGGCUCCAGCGUUCAGCCUGUCCAGCUGCAGUUUUGUAGUUGAACGCUCCAAAGAGGCCACAGCGCGUGUGGUGGUGUGGAGAGAGAUCGGAGUGCAGCGCAGUUACACCAUGGAGAGCACGCUGUGCGGCUGUGACCAGGGCAAAUACAAGGGCCUCCAGAUCGGUACAAACGAAUUGGAGGAAAUGGGUGCUCAGUUUUGUGUGGCUCUGCUCAGGCUAAGACGAUUUACAACCCCCUUAGAGCUCCACAACCACAACUCCCAUCUGCUGGACAUGGACAGCGACCUAAUAGAGACCCGCAACAUCCCCAACAUCACCAGUCCCACCACAUACGUGUUGGAAGAAGAUGAGCCAGCAUUCCUGGAGGAAGUCGACUACAGCGCAGAAAGCAAUGAUGAGAAUGAACCCGAUCUUGAACCUGAUCUCCAGGAUAACCAUGCCCUCCCGGACCUUCAUUCUGACUCAGAGUUGAGCCGCCAAGACUCACUUAACUGAAACUAAACCAGGCUUACUUUAGUGUAAGGCUUUAGCUGAUCUCACCUCUCGUUUGCCUGUGUACUACGUCACCUGUGUUUGCCUAAUUGCCUACUUUAUAGAAACUUGUUUGUUCAGAAAAUUGACCUGAAUUAGAACUUCAAGAUCGGCUUUCUAACAAAAAAACAUUACAUAAUGCAGAAGAUUCUUACGAGACCACAAUGCUUAUAGAUGCUUUACAAGUUAUAGUAUUAUUCGUAAUGUUACAUAUUAAUCAGGAACAGGUCAUUAUUAAAACAGAGGACAAUUUUUGUCGUUAUUUUUAACAAUGUUUAACUUUAUAAAUUCUGUGGAACACAAACGUAGAUGUUACAAAGAACCUUCACACUUUUCUGUUACAUACAACAGUUUUAAGGGAUAGUUCACCCAAAAGUGAAAAUCUGCUGUUCAUUUCUCAGCCUAAGCUCAUCCAAGAUGUCUUCAGUCACAGAAGUUUUUUUUUUAGCUAAAACUGUGGUUGAUUCAUAAAAUGCAAGUCAGUGGCUGCUGUCACUUUAAAGUGUCAAAAAGCACAUAUAGGCAACAAAAAUUGAAUGCUUGUGACUCCUGAUGAUUAUAUUAAAGUCUUACGAAGCAAAACAGACGGUCUGUGCAAGAAACUGAACAUUAUUUACAUUAUCUGUAAUGCAUAGCCUCAGACAAACAGCAAGUGUGUUCACAACUCUAGAUAAUAUUCAGUUUAUUGCACAGACUGAUCAUUUCACUUCAUAAGAUAUCUUCAGGAGACACGGGUAUUAAUUUUGUCUUGUCUGUAUAUGAUUUUUGACUCUCAAAGUGACAGUAGCCAUUGACUUGCACUUUAUGAAUCACCAUGAACCAAAAAAUCAUCUUUACUGUUCUAUUGAAAGUCAACUGCAUCUUGGAUGCCCUGGGUGUGAGUAAAUUAACAGCAUAUUUUCAUUUUUGAGCGAACUAUCAUUUUAAGCUCUGGUUUAUGUUCCACAGAAAAGAAUUUGGAAGGACAUGAGAUUAAAAUAUUGAAAAGUUGAAAUCUAACAAGAAAUUGGAUGAAAAUAUAAAUUAUACUCAUUAACAAAAAUUGAAAUGUUACGUGCUAAACGUUCUCUAAUUUGAAUUUGAAAAUUCUGGUGCUAUAUUAUAAAAGGCCAUGACCAUAAAUACUGAUGUUUCCUUGAGUCACAUUUCAUGUUCAACAGCUCUUACCACUAUAAUCCUAAUGCAACACAAUGUACGGUCAUCUAACAAAUUACAGUGUCACAUAACUUUACCAUGAGGAUAAAAUCAAAACUGCACGCACAUAACAACGCCUCACAGUACAACAAUGCAGUCUAAUGAAUGUAACGUCACCCUUAUUCUCACGAGAAACGCUCACCUGCGUGCUUCCUGUGGCAUCCUGAUAGGAUCGCCGCGAGGUCGCAGUGCUACAUCAGUAUUGUUCGUGCGAGUGCGUGUUCACGGCACAUUUUGUGGCUGUGUUUGCAUUUUAAUUGGGAGAACUUCUGUAUUUUAAUUUAGAUGUUAAUAUUUAUUUGUUGCAUUUGUAUAAGUAGUGCAUGGUUUUUGGAAGUUGCCUUUUUAAUUUAUUUUAUUAGUUUUAUUUGUUUAUUGGGAGAAAAGAGAGGUCAAACUUGAUUUUGACGCUGGCGGUACAGCGUGUGUGAGUGUGCUUGUUUGUAUUCGUGUUUGUUUGAUGUCAGCAGUUGGCCAAAGUACUAAAUGUGUGUAUGCGGUAGAGAAAAAAUGUAUAAGUUUGGUUGUGUUUGAAUGUUUGUCAAUCUUUGAUUGAAAGUAUGGGUAAUAAACAACUAAGUUAAACUGA